CUAUGUCGGCCCAAAACCUCAAAAAAUAUAAAUGCGCAACUUUUCUUGUUCAAAGGGAAAACUGAAAGGCCUCUGCAAAUUUAGUUUGGGAACAUUUACAGUUUGCUGUUGUCGAUCGAGAAUCGAAGAGAGUUUUGUUAAUUUUCGCAGUUGAUGGAUUCCGCAUCGGCUAAGAGUAUCUUAUUGAGCCCUGAAGUUGAUAUCCAGAGAACACAGUACCCAUAUGUGACGGGUACAUCAGUUAUCGGCAUCAAGUACAAGGAUGGUGUUCUGUUGGCUGCUGAUAUGGGAGGUUCCUAUGGUUCAACAAUACGUUAUAAGAGUGUGGAGCGAUUGAAGUCAGUGGGAAAACACUCCCUUCUUGGUGCUAGUGGUGAAAUUAGUGAUUUUCAGGAGAUAUUGCGGUACCUUGACGAGCUUAUCCUGUAUGACAACAUGUGGGAUGAUGGGAACUCCUUGGGUCCCAAAGAAGUGCAUAAUUAUCUAACUCGUGUGAUGUAUAAUCGAAGGAACAAGUUCAACCCACUUUGGAAUUCUCUUGUACUUGGUGGGGUAAAAAAUGGACAAAAGUAUCUUGGAACGGUUAGUAUGAUUGGUGUCCAUUAUGAGGACAAUCACAUGGCUACUGGAUUUGGCAAUCAUCUUGCAAAGCCCAUUAUCCGUGAUGAAUGGCGUGAAGACUUGACCUAUGAAGAAGGUGUUAAGUUAUUGGAGAAAUGUAUGCGUGUUCUUCUGUAUAGGGAUAGAUCUGCGGUCAACAAGCUUCAGAUUGCAAAAAUCACGGAAGAAGGAGUGACAAUUUCUCAGCCAUACUCAUUAAAGACUUUCUGGAAUUUCUCUGCUUUCGAGAAUCCAAGUGCUGGUGCGGUGGGGUCAUGGUAACUAGGCCCUGUAUGUCGUGUUUUAACAAAAGGAAAUAUGUGGCACGUUGCUGGUUUCUAAAGUGCUGCAUAGUUAUGAUGUGCAACUUAAAAGAUAUGCCACCAGCCACAUCACGCAGGCACGUCUGACAACUGCUGCCAUCUUAUUUUCCUAAAACGCUCACUUUCCAUCUACUCUGAUUAGUUUGCAAAUUUAUUUGGUGUUGUAUGGUUCAUCACCGGUUAGACAGGCACUUGUAUGUGUAUGUGAAACAGCGAAAGAAUCCUUGUUAACCUGUGUUUUGGCAACAUCUUCAUGUUUGGAAAUUUUUUCUCUC